AAGCGUUCCGUCAAACCACCACCUCAGUCCCGAUCACGUCACUGCCCAAAUGGGCAUGAUUCUUCCCCGGCCCGUGCUACAAUCACAGCCACAGCCACAGCCACAACCGCCACUGCAGGUCCGCAGCCACAUAUGCCAUUUUAAGCAACAGCCGUUAAAAGUAAGUAACCACCAUGCCAUUUCUAGUGCACACAUCUCAGUGCGAUGGACGAGCUUGCCUGCCCCAGCUCCUCCUGCAGCCCUCCUCACUCCCCGGCCUCCUUGUUCUCCUUCGCCGGCGGCCACCACCCGGUGGUGCUCGAGUUCGAGUCCUGCGACGUCCCGGAGCAAUGGCUGGAGGAUGACGGCGAAGGUCUGCAGGAGACACUCUGGGCUAACGGCGCAGUGUGGCGCGACGGGGCCUCGCCGCCCUCGGCAGGCAAAAACAUGUCUGGCAACCCGACGCCGCCGCCUGCGCCGACGAAGAGGCGGCGCGGCUGGAAGCCCGGGCCCCGGACCAACGGCCCCGUCAUCAGCCACGUGGAGGCGGAGCGGCAGCGGCGGGACAAGCUGAACCGCCGCUUCUGCGAGCUCCGGGCCGCCGUGCCCACGGUGUCCCGGAUGGACAGGGCGUCCCUCCUCGCCGAUGCCGCCGCCUACAUCGCCGAGCUGCGCGGCCGCGUGCAGCAUCAGCUCGAGGCCGAGUCCAAGAAGGCCUCUGCCGCUGUCACCACGGUGACGGCGGCCGCCCACUCGUUCGCCGGCGGCGGUCUCGCCGUCGAGGAGGAUCUGGAGGUGCGGAUGCUCGGGCGGGAGGCGGCGGUGCUGCGCCUGACGUCGGCGGCGCGCCACGCCCCCGAGCGCCUCAUGGUGGCGCUCCGCUCGCUGGACCUGCCGGUGCAGCACGCCUACGUGUGCCGCGUGGGCGGCAUGAUGACCGUGAAGGACGCCGUCGUGGACGUGCCCGCCGCGCUGGGGGAAGAAGGCCGCCUCCGCGCAGCGUUGCUCCAGAGCCUGCAGGGCGGGGGCUAGCUUGUAGUAUUUUAAUAAACUAGAAAAUGGUAAUGUAUCUCUUGUUAAACAGUUGUCGCCAAUGCUUUGGCGUGGUUUCUUUGGCGGUGUGUUGUUGUUGUGGUUGUUCUUUUUCUGUCGCUUUUAUCGUGUGGGUGGCUUUUGUUUUUGUUUUUUGUUGUGUAUUGUAAUACAUGCUCGGCAAAGUUCUUACUAGUUGCUUUUUGGGAAAAAAUAUCAAAAAAUGCUACAUAUUAGCCUC